AUGGUGUGGGUCGUGUGCCUGGCAAUGGCGGGGAUCGGGCUGCGACUGCAAGGAGGAGGAGGAGGAGGAGCAAGGAAGGAGAGGCUAGGAAAGUACAGCCCGUACGCCGCCGAGAGACAACUGACUACCUUGGAGGAGCCUGAGGAGGGUGGCAAAGUUGGCGCGUUGUUCGGUCUCUGCAACUUAGCGACUCAAAACAUGGUGGAGGGAAAGUUGCAACUGUACGAAGGGGAUUUCGAGCUCAUAUCCACCUGUCUGAAUGACAUCACGCCAGAGGAGUUUGGCUUUCCUCCGAGCCGAGACGACGGGAAGCCGAUCAUCGACUACGUGGACAUCUUUGAGGAGAAGAAUUUCACCGCCUGCAUGUUCAAGAUUCCAGCAGGAUCUCGCCUCCCGAUGCAUGAUCAUCCUGGGAUGUACGUCUGGAGCAAAGUACUCUGGGGAGAGAUGGAAGUUUCAUCCUACGACCGGGAGACAGCGCAAGCGACCCCGCGAGACAAGUCCUUCCCUUCAUUACCCUCUCAAGCUCUGGACCUCCGUCCGUUCAAGGUCAAGACCAAGAGAGAUAGAGAGGUUUGGAGGAGUGAGGACGGCGUGAAGAUCACGACACCCACGGAAGGGAACAUACACGAAUUCCGGGCGGUCACGACCUGCUGCUUUGUAGACGUCAUCAUGCCUCCGUACGACUUCAUGCAGGGACGGCGCUGCACCUACUACGAGAUCAACGACAGGGAGGAUGGGACAUGGGCCCGGCCCAUCCGUUGCCCCGCAGACUACGUCACGAGGAGCUUGAAGUACAUAGGAGAGACGGUGGAAACGAUUGAGGGUUGA